AUGAAGCCUGAAAAGUCAUAGUCUGUUGUAGAUAAUAGCAAACAGUAAAAGAAUGAUAAAACAGAAGUAAAGGAUGAAAAUGAAGAAGAUAAUGUUACUUUAGAUUCUAUUAUUGAUGAAUUCUUUUCUUUCGAAGAUUAGAGAAGAAGAUUUAAAAAUGAUAUAAGUAUGCUACUUGAACUCUCUAAUAGUAUGAAUGUAAAGGUAGAUUUAGAACAUACAUCUUCAAGUCUAUCAGUUAUAGUUGGAUUAAUGACUAACUAAUUUGAUUUUGGUUCUUCUAUUAUAAGUCAAGAAAUCAUUUAUUUUGAGAUUAAUGUUAACCAAAAGUACUACCCAUAAAAAGGAACUAGAAUAUAUUGCAAGACACCAUUUUUCAGCCCUUGCUUGUGUGAUGGUAGAGAUUUUUUGCAGGACAUACUGGGACAUCCAUGGUAUAGUUAAAUCACAUUUGUGUAGAUAGUAUAAUCAAUAAUAGAAUUUGUAAAAGAAUUAAUUAAGUAUAAAACAGAUGCCAUUUAUCUGUAAAAGAUAGGCAAGUUUUAUAUUGGGUAGAAUUAUAAAUAUGAAGAUAUUAAGCAAUUUUCAGCACUAAAUAGAGUACCAUGUGUUUAAUUUGAAGAUAACUUUUUCCAAAAACUGCAUGUCAGGAUUAUAGGUAUUACGGAUGCUCACUUUUUAGUAUUUGAUGCAGAAGAUGCAGAAAAAAAAAUUCUUAAACUAAUAUUUUGGAGUGAUUUAUAGAGUUUAGUUGAAAUAAAAAGAAGAAAAGAUGAACCUACAAAGCUUUCAUUUAAAUGGAAAAACUUUAACAAAUAAAAUGGUUAACCUCCUUUUUAUGAACAAACAUUCUAAAUAACAGAGCCAGAACAAGUCAUUCAGCAAAUUUUAAAGAAGAUUUAAAAGUUUUAGAGAAUUAAGAUAUGGAGUAAUUCCUAUAUGAAUUUUGGUAACUAAUGGGACUCAAAAAAAUAAGUUAUAGAGCAAUUAACAUAGAAAGUUUAUAAAUAUGAAGAAGAAAUUAAGUAUAAAUUCAAUAUUGAAAAUGUUUAAAAACUAAUAGAUAGUUAUAAUGAAAUGAUUGAGCAUUAUUCCUCUGUGAACGAUUAUUUAUCUGAUAUUUUCUUGAAUUCACUUCAUAAUCUUUUGAAUCGCCCUGAUGUAUAAUGCCUAUUAAAUUAUUAGAAUGAAAAGCAAAUAGAAUAAAAAUAAAAAGAAAAACAAUCUAAUUAAGAAGAUGAUAUUUAGGAAGAGGACCAAGCAAUAUAAAAUAAUUAGGAUCAGCAACAAGAAAAUUUAAAUAAAGGAGAAGAGCGUUAAUAAGAAAUAGCUUCAUCAAAUAGCAGUUAAAAAGAAAGUAAAGAAAAUAACCUAAAAUAAGCAGAAAACGAAGAGAUUUAAACUGAAGAUAAAUAAAAAAGUUCUAUUAAUUAACACGAAUAAGAAGAAGAAGAAGUAUCUCAAAAUGAGAAAAUUUUGAACUAAUUAGAACAAAUUGAAUAAAAUACUUAAUAAUCUGAUUAAUAAUAUGAGUUAUUAGAAAAUAAUAGUAAUUAAAAUUAUUCCAUCAGUACAAAUGAAUAAGCCCUAAGUGAAUCAAAUAAAAACUAAUCGAUAGAAACAAAUUAAGAUAAGCUUCUAAAUAUAGAUGAAAAAAGUACUUAAGAUUAGCUUAAUUAGUAAACAGUUAAUGAAAACGCUGAAGAAUAAAAUGAGUAGAUAGAUUCAGAAAUAUAAGAAAAUUAAAAAUAACAGUAAAAAGAAGAAAAUGUAUGA